UUCAAUGCUUAUAAGCAAAAAAGAUUCACUAAUAAAGAUGAUAGAUAGCUCUCAAUGGAAUUAAUGGGUCGAUAUUUUCUACCAAUCCCAUGUUUCAAAGCUAUAAAUAAUAGGACAAGAGGAGCAUAGCUACUAUAUAUCAACAUCCCUCAUCACCUAGCUAAUUACAACUAGGGUUUAAUUUCCAAAAUUCUCACUCUUACAAAAUUUUGAAUCUUUUUUUUUUUUUUAAAAAAAAUGGUGAUUGUGAGAGGAAACACAUCGUCUUUUCAUCCCUAUGAGAUAGAAGCAAGGCUUGUAAUUAGCUUUUAUUUGAACAGAGAGUUCGAGAAUGAUGUUGAUGAUGACGAUGAUGAUGAUGGAGCAAAAGUAGCACCUGCAGCAUAAUAUGGUUUGACAUGUUUUCUUUUGAAAACAUGAAGCUCAUAUAUAUAAUAUGGUUUGUGAAGGAGAAAUUGGUGUCUAAUUUUCUCCUUAGAAUAAAUAGGAAACUAAACCCUAGCUAUAUAUAUGAGAAUUUGUCUUCUUAUAUUAGCCAAUAUAUAUAGUCUUCUUUUUCAACCUUUAUAUUAGCAUUAGCACUUUUUUUAUCAUUAUUAAUUGAAGCAAUUAUAUAUUUAGAAUUAAAAAGAUGUCAUGUCAAAAUUGAACUAUUUUUCCAUUACACAUCAUCCUUAAUAAAUAUGGUUGAAUUUUGAGCAUGGAAAAUUGCUUCAUAUAUUCCAAGAAAUGAGGAACUUCAAACAUUAAAUUUAAUCUCAUAUUUCAGAAAUGAAGCUACAUUUAUGGACUACUUUAGAUUCUCCUAUUUUUGUUUCCUUUCUUACAUAUCCAUUUGAAGAAAAUUUAAAAAAAAAAACAAAAACAAGAGAUUAUUAAAGGGUAAUGAAUCUAUCUGAAGAUGUAAUUUUCGAGAUUUUGACAAGACUACCUGUAACUUCUUUGAUAAGGUUCAAAUGCGUUUGCAAAUUCUGGUAUUCUCUCAUCAAGAACCCUAAUUUCAUCUCAAAACAUUUGCAUAACCUAAAUAACAAACAAAAUCAUCUCCAUUUGCUAAUUAGUCGCCGCGGAAAUAUUACAAAUAAAAGGAUCCUCUCAUUAUCACAAAAUGAUACAUUUGAUGUUUUCAUCAAUCAAGAUUUUCCAGAAUACUUCAAUGACAAAUUUGGUCAUAUAAGACUUAUAGGUCCAUGUAACGGCAUUGUUUGUUUAUGUGGUUAUCCAGAUAACAUUGUUCUAUGGAAUCCAUCAAUUAGAGACUACAAAAUAUUACCUCAAUCACAAAUUCAACGUCUUGUUGGAUCAACAAUACGUGGGAGUGAUUUUGGAUUAGGGUUUGAUUCGAAGAAAAAUGAUUAUAAGGUAAUACAAAUUUUAUUUUGUCUAUCGAUUGAUCGUGUUUUUGUUUAUCAAGUUGAGAUAUACUCUUUGAAUACAAAUUCAUGGAGGAAGUAUAAAGGGGUUGUACCAUCUAAAAUAAAGUAUGGUAAUACUUCAUGGAGUAUGGUGUAUAAAAAUGAGAUUUUUUGUUGGUUAGGUCAAGAUGUUGAUAAUCAUGAGGUGAUACUUUCAUUUAACAUGAGUGAAGAGAUUUUUCAGAAUAUUAAGUUACCAUCAAAUAUUGAAAUUUUUGGAGUGCAAGAAAUUAUGAGGAGUGUUUGGGUGAUUGUACCAUUUAAAGAAUCAAUUUCACUUAUUGUUUAUUGUUUAAAAGAAGUGGAGAAGUAUUAUGAUAUAUGGGUGAUAAAUAAUGAAUUGGGAGUUGAAAAUUGUUGGACUAAAUUGCAAAGAAUUGGUCCUAUUUCUAGGGUGGAAAGGCCUUUAGGGCUUUGGAAAAAUGGUGAGCUAAUUUUGGAAAAUAGCUCUGGACAAUUAGUGAUUUAUGAUCCUUCAAAUCAAGAAAUGCAGACACUUGGAUUUUAUGGGAAAAGAGGCAGGUUGGAAAUAGUUGUUUAUAAGGAGAGUUUAGUUUCGAUAUCGUAGAUAAUGUCUACAUACAUCCCACUCGAUCUUCAGACCCAACUUGUGAGGUCAUACUGGGUAUACUGUUAAUAUUGCUUCUUUUUAUGUGAAUAGCAGAGGAGACAAAUUUGAAAAUGAAAGUAGUGUUAAUUCAUGUAUAUAUAUAGAUGUUUUUCUGGUGUAUGUAUGUAUGUAUGGUUCGAGAUGAAAGGAAUGGAUUUUAAUUAAUUGGCCA